UGGUGCGUCCCCGGCGUGAGUCGGCGGCUGUGCGCCUAGCGCCGCCCCUUUCUGUUUUCUAAAUCCACCCCCCCCACCGCAAGGGCAGUGGUGCGGUCCGGCAUUGCCCAGCAGCCUCGGCCGGGCGCGUAGUCAAGGGCCUCCUUCCUCGCUCCCCCCCCAUUGUUGAGGCACAAGUGGAAGAGGCCGCCUCCGCUCGGAACCCAGCCGCCUCCGCUGCUGCCGCCGCCGCGAGUUACCCCCCCCACCCCUCCCCGCUGGUGUAUGAGGGAUUUAUAACCGCGAGCCGUCCCCCCCGCCAUGUCCACGCCGGCCCGGAGGCGCCUUAUGCGGGACUUCAAGAGGCUGCAGGAGGAUCCCCCGGCCGGAGUGAGCGGAGCCCCCUCGGAGAACAACAUCAUGGUGUGGAAUGCGGUCAUCUUUGGGCCGGAGGGAACCCCGUUUGAGGAUGGGACAUUCAAGCUUACCAUAGAAUUCACGGAAGAAUAUCCGAACAAGCCACCUACCGUCAGAUUUGUGUCUAAGAUGUUUCAUCCGAAUGUCUAUGCAGAUGGUAGUAUAUGCCUGGAUAUUCUUCAAAACCGCUGGAGCCCUACCUACGACGUAUCAUCCAUCUUAACCUCCAUACAGUCUUUACUGGAUGAGCCUAACCCAAACAGCCCGGCAAACAGCCAGGCCGCUCAGCUAUACCAGGAGAACAAGCGGGAAUACGAAAAGCGAGUUUCUGCCAUAGUAGAACAGAGCUGGCGUGACUGUUGACCUUGGCUGAUGCAAAAUGAACACUCUGACGAGGAAAAUACAUGUAUGAAGUGUCUGAGUCCACCACCACCUCCUCUUCCUCCUCCUCCUCCUCCUCCUCCUCUUCCUCGCAUCACUGCAUUUACUCGGAAAGCAAAAUUAGCUGUCUGUGCCGUUGCCAACUUCCCUCGCUGGAUCUCUCUCUCUUUUUUUUUUUUUUCCUCUUUGGACAACAGAAAAACGAAACGAAAACAACCCCACCCAUUCCUACUCCCCCCCCCUUGAAGUCAAAUGUACUGUACUUGGGUUACUUGUUAAAAGAAUGACUGAGGCUGAAUUUCCACUUCCGGUGGGGUUUGGGGGCGGGGCGGAUGUCUACGAUCGCCAGUCUUAGGGGCAGUAUUGUGCGUUCUUUUUUUUUCCUUCCCCCCCCCCCCACCCCCCGUACACUUAAGCUUUUAAUUGUAAUUGUGUUCUACACAGUGACGCUUACGUGUAGCUUGAUUCGAGAGAGAGAGAGAGAAAGAAAGGAAAGGAAGGAAAAAAG